AUGGAGCUGAGCAACGGGUCCCUGCACUACCCCUCCUUACUCCACAUGGAGUUCGGGCCACUGAGUGACUUUCUGGAUGAAAACGACACAAACUCAACAGCAGGUGAGCAGAACGUGGUGGGGUGCGUGCAGAUCCACGUGCCCCAGGAACUCUUUUUGGCGCUGGGGCUCAUCAGUCUGGUGGAGAACAUCCUGGUGAUCCUGGCCAUCAUGAAGAACCGCAACCUGCACUCGCCCAUGUACUACUUCAUCUGCUGCCUGGCCGUGUCCGACAUGCUCGUGAGCGUCAGCAACGUGGUGGAGACCGUCUUCAUGCUCCUCCACGACCACGGCCUGCUGGACGUGCACCCGGGCAUGCUGCGCCACCUGGACAACGUUAUCGACGUGAUGAUCUGCAGCUCGGUGGUGUCCUCGCUCUCCUUCCUGUGCACGAUCGCCGCGGACCGGUACGUCACCAUCUUUUACGCGCUGCGCUACCACAGCAUCAUGACCACGCAGCGCGCGAUCGCCAUCAUCGUGGUGGUGUGGCUGGCCAGCGUGGCCUCCAGCAUCCUCUUCAUCGUGUACCACACCGACAACGCGGUCAUCGUGUGCCUGGUCACCUUCUUCUGCAUCACCCUGGUGUUCAACGCCGUGCUGUACCUGCACAUGUUCGUCCUGGCGCACGUGCACUCCCGGCGCAUCGUGGCGUUCCACAAGAACCGGCGCCAGUCCACGAGCAUGAAGGGGGCGAUCACCCUCACCAUCCUCCUGGGGGUCUUCAUUCUGUGCUGGGGGCCUUUCUUCCUCCACCUCAUCCUCAUCCUCGCCUGCCCCACCAGCCCCUUCUGCAACUGUUUCUUCCGAAACUUCAACCUCUUCCUCAUCCUCAUCAUCUGCAACUCGCUCAUCGACCCGCUCAUCUACGCGUACCGGAGCCACGAGCUGCGCAAAACCCUGCAGGAGCUCAUCCUGUGUUCCUUUUGUCUCGGGGCGUGA